AGGGAAACCUGCUACAACGUGUUUUGGUAUACCCACCGAUUGUUUAUAGCAUUUUUGGUUCUCCUGGUUCUCCAUCCUCUUAGUGGGUUGCUUAAAGAACAGAGCAACACUGACCUCCACACUCCUGGAUGUACAGUGAACAAUUUCACCCAGUCCUCCCCAGAAGUAGCCUACCCAGAACAUUUGUUUGGAGAGCCUGGCAUUUGUGUUGUUCAGCCUAAUGCUAUUUCUAAAGCUUUUCUCAAAAGAUAUCGAGAUCAAAGAUGCUCGAAGAUAACUCAAGAUAAGGAUGUGUAGCUGUAACUUAGUUAUGCUGCUUGUAAAAACAGACAUGGAAAUGGAUGGUUUCUGGUCUGGUUAUUUAUGUUCUAGACUUGGUCUACAGAAUACUAAGACGUAGGUCGACAGCAGCUCUAGUAGCAGCCAACUGCCAUCCAGCAUCAGUGUUGGAGUUGACUCUGGUGAAAAAGAAAUUCUACUUUCAUCCUGGCCAGUAUGUUCUUCUGCAUUGUCCUAAAGUAUCUUUGUGGGAGUGGCAUCCCUUCACAAUCACCUCAUCAACAUCAGGUCAGUCAAAGUUUACACUUCAUCUGCGGACACGAGGAGAUUGGUCACAUAAUCUGAGCAUUCAUCUAUUGGGAGGUAGAACAUCACUGCUAGUCAACCAAUCAUGCAUGGUAUGCUCAUAUUACCUAUUUUCCUGCUUUGAUUCUUAAAAGAAAUUAACUUUUAUUUUUAAAUAUCUGAAACUUGCCUAAAAUUGAAUUUGAUCUGUUCUCUCAAAAGUUAUAAAACAGUCCAUUUGCAAAAUCUUGAUGCCAUGUAGUGCUUGAAAUGGCAAAAAGAAGAGUUGGUAUAAGAAAAGUGGAAUAAAAGAGAGGAAAGAAAAAGUAUUGGUAUGCAGUUAGAUACAUAUUUCUGGCUAUGAUGAGAAGUGCCAUUAAGUAACUCUUUAGAUUAUAGAAGUGCCUGUACUUCUUACUAGCCCAUUUCAAGCACUGAUUUUAAUGUUGCUCUUUAAUUAUCUUGCUUAAUACAUUUGAAAAAAAAGAAGGCAUAUAGGCAUCUGUGAUAAACACUUGUUUGUUUUUGUAUCAAGCUUUGCUACUAAAUCUUUAAGUUUUAUAUUAUGGAGGAACAAAUGUUGUCUGUAAGUUCAAAUAUAGUUUGUCUAUUGAAGAAUUGUCUGUCAGU